AUGGAGGAGCUCCCGCAGUCGGAGACAGGGCUCAGCGCGGCGGCGCUGGACAGGAUCAGCCUCUCGCUGUCGGAAGCAGAGCUCGACGAGAUAGCAUUCGACGGCGAGGCGGCGGAGCGUGUGCCCGCCUUCUACUUCCAAAAUCUCUGGACGGUGACCGGCGGUGAGCCGCCGGAUCCAUCGGAGCAGGGGAUCUCGCCGGAGGUCUUGCCGGAGCUCCUGCCGCGGGAGCUCUUCCCCUUUCAUCGCCCUCCGGUGAGAGACGGCGGCGUGGAACCGGAGUUGCAGGCGGCGUUGGAAAGCUUGGAGAAAGUGGUGGUGGCGGCGGAUUCCACGGACGGCGGCGGCGACAGAUGCUGUCCUAUAUGUUUGGAUGAGCUCGAGGUUGGGGGCGAAGCCAGGAUGAUGGGCUGCUCCCACAGGUACCAUGAGAACUGCAUCUUCGAGUGGCUCAAGCGGAAGAGCUCCUGCCCCCUCUGCCGACAUCGCCCCCCGCCGGCUAGACUCACAUGA